GAGAAUAAGUGAGAAAUUAGAAAGAAAUUAAGCACAAACAAUAGGAAAUUCCUCUACUGUGGCAUACAUCCGAACCUCACAGCGCCAGUGGUAAUUUUUGGAAUUCCCGCGUAAAAUCAAGGUCACGAUUUCGCGAUUACAGCUGAUGACCUACGGAGCGCACUGAAAACAGUCGUUUACGGCCAUCCAAAGAUGGCCAAUGCAAGCCUCUUAGUUCUGUGUCUCGUCUGUCUAGUCCAAGUGAGUGGUCGUAGAGUCGUCGACGCGUUUUGCGGUUCUGAAUUGUUUUUCAACGUGGAACUGCAAGACAUCGAACUAUCCUUCUGCACCGUGGAAGAUUGUUUUGUGAAUUCGCAUGGCUGCUACAGACGCAAUUCUUAUCACAUCGAAAUCGGAAACACGGAGCUGAUUCCUAUACACUCAUUCGUGAAUGCGACUAAACUGCGACAAAUAAAAGCUGUACACAAGAAUAUACGGAUUUCAGCGAGCGAUUCUUUCGUUAAUUUGCCAGCCUUGGAGAGUAUCGACCUGUCCUUCAAUCUCAUCAGGUACGUCCACAAUGGUGUGUUCAUCAACGUUGCUGCUAAGAAACUGGAUCUGAGUUGGAACAGAAUCCGUUUCGUCGAAGAAAACGCAUUCGAUGGACUAAGAAAUCUCGAAAUAUUGAACCUGAGUCACAAUGAAAUUCCUGUUUUUUUCGGACUCCCCAGAAUAUCUGCUCUGCGAGAACUCAUCUUACAAUUUCAUUGAAAAGCUGGCGGUCAGCUCAAAAACCUACCCGAAUCUCACUUUAUUGGAUUUGAGUUUCAACAGUCUAGAGUUGUUUGCCAUAACAUCGGAAAUACCCAUGAAAAAAAUAGAUCUAACUAGAAAUUUGUUGGACGACAUCAGCGUCUUCAAAGUAGCCGAAGUCGAGGAACUACGAUUGUCGCUAAACGAAUUCACCUUUACGAUUUCGCGAGACAUUGAACAGAUAUACCAGAAGGUACGAAAAAUAUCACUGUAUCCGAACUCGUGGAGUUGCGAAGUCCUAUCCGAUAUAUGGAAACGCUUAUUUCAACAUAAUAUCACCCUUUCGAAUCCUGAAGAUGACUACAGGCUGGCAAAACAGCACGAAACAUUCCCCAUCUGUCUCGAAGUUACAUCGGAAACGCGGUACAAUGAUGAGCCUAGAGAAAUGAUUAAAAACUUCAGAGAACGCGGCGUCAAAUUCCUGAAGGAUAAACACUCUCCUUGCAACGAGAGCAUUAUGUGUUCAAACACCGAAAUCUGCAGGAACAGGCAGUGUUUCAACCCUUGUAAAGAAGACGUUUGCGACUUCACGAGUUUAUGCAGGGCUGAGAAACAUAGUUUCAGUUGCGACUGUCCGAGGAAUCAAAAGAGGGAUCCCAAGGAUUUGUAUUCCAGGUGCUACACUGUGGAGUGUUUCCAAGACUUUGAUUGUCCUGAUUACUCAAGAUGUGACACGAAAUCUCACCUGUGUGAACUUUCCAAAGAGCAUAAUUCGAAGUUUCAUAUAGACGCAGUGGGCAACGCAGUGACGAAACACAAUAUCCAGUACAUUUCACUUUCACCACCUGUUGCGAGGCAACAUCCUUGGUACUACGACAAAGAGGAUCCCGCUCUAAUAGAUUUUUGAAGGGACGAUGGAAAUUUAUGAUUUAUUUUAAAAUUUGUGAAGUCCGUUUGGUUAAGGAUGUCUUACAUAAAAAUACGUUAUUGUCCAGUCAUUUUAGGUCGAUUUGGGUCUGUAUUUCGGAAAGUUGACAUACCCAGCUGUAAAUUUGUGUAAACUUUGUAUUUUGGCAUCAUAAAAGUAUUCUCAAAAUUCACUUAUGAUUCGAUUUCAAUUAGGCAUCAUUUGCCAUAAUUUUGUUUUCAGAUAUAUUGAAAAUCAUUAUAUGCAUUAAUAAUUAGAACUUCC